AUGUACACAGGUUCUAUUCCUAUGGACCAACAAAAAGGAGAAGAUCUCUUAAAGUUGUUGAUUGCAUCUGAUGAAUUACUUCUUAGUGAACUUCAAGAAUUCAUUCAAGAAUAUCUUUUAACAAACAAAUCCAGCUGGUUACAUCAAAAUUUCGCUCUCGUUCAUCGAACUGUAUUCCAAAUCGAUUCUUCGAAAGAUCUUCAAGAAUUUUGUUUAAUAACAAUUUGUGAAGAUCCACAAUCGAUAUUUAAAGCUAAAGAUUUCACUUCACUCGAAGAAGAAACUUUAAUUUCUUUGCUGAAUCGUAGUGAUCUCGAAAUGGAAGAAGUCGUGAUCUGGGAUCAUCUUCUUGAAUGGGGUAUUGCGAAUGCAAAUCUCACCAUCGAUAUCAAUAAAUGGUCAAAUGACGAUUUUAAUGCACUUCGCGAAAUUUUAGAUCCAAUUAUUCCUACCAUUAGGUUUUUUCAAAUGAAGCCAUCGGAAAUUUAUAAUAAAGUUAGACCAUUUAAAAAAAUCCUCCAUAAAGAAUUAUACGAAGAUCUUAAACGUUAUCAUUUUCAAACUGGAAUGCAACUUAAACCUGAAUAUCUUCAAACUCCAAGAUAUAAAGGUAUAAAAUCAACUAUUAUCGAAAAACCACAUUCAGCCCUUAUUGCUCAUUGGAUUGAUGGUGGUGAUAAUAUUUCACUUCCAUCAUACCCUGGUGAGCUUCAAUAUGAAUUCAAACUUUUGGUCCGUGGAUCCCGUGAUGGUUUCUCUGCGGCCACAUUCCAUGAUAGAUGUGAUAAUCAAGGACCAACAGUUACUCUUUUAAAAGUCAAUAAUUCAAAACAUGUAAUUGGCGGAUACAAUCCACUUUCUUGGGGCUCUACAAAUUCAUGGCGUUAUACACGUGACAGUUUUAUAUUUCAAUUCAAUGUCGAUUACAAGAAAAAAAUGGUUGCUAAACUUGGUAGAGUAAUUCCGGCAUGCUCGCAAUAUGCUAUUAGUGAUUCACAAUAUAAUGGUCCAUGUUUUGGAGAUGGUGAUUUAUGGAUAACUGAUGAUUUUAAUUUAGCAGGAAGUUGUAGUUGUAAUAAGGAAAGUUACGAACAAAGUGUUGGUGAUAUGUUUCACAGAGAAAGUUGGGAUAGCUGGAAUGGAAAAAAUGGAACUUUUGCAGUUGAUGAUUACGAAGUUUUUCAAGUUAUAAAAUUAAGACUGAGUGAUCAAUAA